UUUGGCUAGCUGAGAAGAGAAGAGGAGUCGCAUUCGCGUGCUCCGGUCGGGGUACUCGAGUCCGUGUCCGUCGUCGUCCUCCUCCGCUGGGUCUGGCUGAGACGCUGAGUUCCCACCGUAUCCCUCCGCUCCCCUGCCUGGCAGGCAGCAGACUCCCCUCUCUUUCGUUCCACAGUUGAGUCCACAGUCCACACCCAAGCAAGGAAAGGAAGGCUGCUGCUGCUCCAACCCAAGUACCCAAUCCAAUCCAAGCGAGGAUGCCGAGGAGCCCGCAGCUUAGCCUGAGCGGCUGCAGCUCGCUCUUCUCCCUGUCCAGCACCAGCACGAGCCGCGACAACGACGACAGCGCCGCCGCCCUGACGGCGCCGGUGCCAGCGCCACCGGCCGGCGCGUCUCUCCAUCCGUUGCCCCCACGGCGCCUCCCUAUUCUGUCGCUCAGCGUCGGCGGCGAGGAGGAGAACGAGGACGAGGAGGAGUACCUGCUGGGGGCCGGAGCCCUGGAUCUGCAGCUGACGGGGGCCGGCGGCGGCAGCAACAGCAGCGGCGGCGGCUGCGAUGAAGAGCGGAAGAACAUCCGGAUGAUGAAGAACAGGGAGUCUGCGCUGCGCUCCAGGGCAAGGAAGAGGGCCUAUGUGCAGGAGCUGGAGAAGGAGGUUCGUCGCCUGGUGAAUGAGAAUCUCAAGCUCAAGAGACAGUGCAAACAACUGAAAGUGGAUAUGGCCGCACUGAUCCAACAAAGCAGCAGCAAGAGCAGCUCCCACAUCAGAAGAACCUCCUCAUCCACUCAGCUCUAGCUCAGCCCUCAGCACUGCAUGCCCUGCUGGGUCCUUGCAUUGGGCGCAUGCAUGCCAAUCUCAUGGCAGAUAGAUCAAGAUGUACCACAACCAAAUUACAAUUCUAGUACUAGAAAAUAUAUUAUGUGUAUAUUCUACACUAGUAGUACCAAUUAAGGAUCGUAAUUCGUAAGCAAACCUUUGACCUCCGACGAUCCUGCUGGUAAGUACUAAUGCUUGCGCUCUGCAACUCCUAAUAGUACUAUAGCUUGCUAUUCCUAGGUGACAAUAGAAUAGGAGGAAGAUCCAGCAAUGCCCACGCCUACUGUUACUGUAUCAACAAGUGAAGGAGAAGGAAUCAAUCCAUUGAUUAUGAGGAAGAAGAAAGAAAAAUUCUCUUAAAAAAAAAAACUAGACUGCUGCUCCUCUGAUAUAUACAUGACCAUGAAUGUGCUUGUCUU